CCCAGCGCACUGCACCGACCACAACCACCACUACGUACAACAAGGCAGGCCGCAAAGGUGCUCUUGAUUUCACCUUAUUACAAACCAUAGUCUCCAUCCAAACCAUACCUAGCCGCCGAUUCCCAUAUUACAAGCCGCCGAUUGUUUGUUUUACGCUGUUUAUCCGUUUCGACACGAACAUCUUGUGACCUAUCCAUCGAUACACGGCGUCAUCAGCAUAUUACCCAGCCAUCAGCGUCAUUGGCAUUCUUGCCUCGAGAUCCCAGAAGAACCAGCGCAGGCACCAGCUACCCUACCUGCGCCGCGCAGCUUUGGCGACGCUUCUUCGAGUUGCAUUGAGCCAUUGAAAUCCAUCAGUACCACCGCGAACAGUCGUCCUCAUACUUGCUGCCGUCAAGCCUUUUGUCCGCCAGCAUUCCCGUAUCUAGACGGCGAGCCAUGGACGCACGUCUUACGGUCCUGACGGCCUUUCCACCGGCCGCUGGGAUUGAUAACGAAGAAUACUACCAAAACAGCCAGCAACAUGCCAAGAGGGUGCGAGAACUCGUCCGGGACAAUGCGCAGUGGAUAAGGGAGUCCGCCGACGAUAUUCUAAAGCAUGUCAACCCCGCCGUCUAUUCCCUCUCAUAUCUUAUGAUCCUCGAAUUUCUACUACAGUCACCCGGGUGGACCUCUCAGCAGGCACAUGAGAGCUUGGCAUCAUAUAUGGCCCAGUUCUUCCUCCAGUUUGAUGCUCGCCAAAUACGGUGCAAGGGAAGCACUUGGUCAGAUGUUCUCAAAGAGGCGUAUAGCGAACGCGGCUUGUUUCCUGCCUCUGUUGCCGUAGAGCUGGUCACUGCUGCCCUCCUAAGACUUGACCCUUCAGGCUCUAUCAUCACAUCCCACCACUGCAACCUGGUCGAGCUGGCAUACAAUACCGGCAAUGUCGGAGCAUUACUACCUCUGAUUGAGAAACCUAUCAUCUAUAUGCCGGCCAAGGGCAUGUCGACAGCCCAGCCCCUUUGCGACAUGUCUCUCCCUCCACCAGCAUACAUCAACCCCGACAGCCAGCUCACCGACGCUCUUACCAGCGCCGCCGUGCUUCAGUACGAUUUUCUAUGCGGCCUGUGCUUCAUAGAGCGCCGGAUGUGGCAGCAAGCCUUUGAUGCCUUUGAACGAUGUGUUACGUAUCCGACGCGAGACGGCGGUUGCAGCAAGAUCAUGACGGAGGCAUAUAACAAAUGGAUCCUUGUCGGCUUGCUCCUGACCGGAAAGCCACCAACACUGCCGGAAACGACCUCGCAAGCGGCAAAGAAGAUAUUCGCAACCCAGGGAAAACCCUACAAGUUGUUUGCUCAGGCUUUCAAAUCGGAAACCGCCGGGGAUCUGGUCCGAGAAUUUGAAGUGAUCAAUUCCGAGCUCUUACCCAAUGAGGGGAACGUUGAGCUCGCAAAGCUGGUGCUGGCUCACUAUCAACGGUGGCAAAUCAUCAACCUGCGCAAUAUCUACACUAACAUUUCCCUUGAGAAAAUCCAGGAACGGACACAGAGUGCGGAAACAGGCGCGCCGCUACCGACCGUAGAAGCGGUAGAUCAGCUCGUACAAAGCAUGAUCGCCGACGGGAGUCUGCAGGGCGCUAUCGAGCGCCCAAAGGACGGCAGCCCAGCCUAUCUGACGUUUUUAUCGUCGCCCGCGCAGGGCAUGUCCGAGGUGGAGUUUUCGGCCCAGGUGAACAAAGUGAUGCAAGGCAUCAAGGCUCUGGAGCCCAUCAUCGAGGCAACCAACAAGCGCCUGGCCAGCAACCGCGAGUAUAUUAGUCACACGGUUAAACGUCAAUUCGACGCGGCUCGCGAACACAAGCUUGGCCUUCAGAGCGCCGGUGGUGGCUUCGAAGAGUCGUCGUUCCACAUUGAGGAGGAGGAAGAUCUGAUGAGUGGUCUACCAGCUCACUAGUGGGAUGAUGGGACCGUUCAUAAGUGGAACAGGCUUAUCACCCUCUCCUAUAUAUUUAUAGAGGAUGAACGCGACGAGGCUGUUGGCUGGUUUGCUUGUUAGCGUAGAGAUGAGCGCGGCCAAGAGAUAGACGGUUGCUACUCCUCCCUUUAUGGACUGUGUUCCAUGCCAGACGUUUAGGGGUGAAGAAGAAGCAGAGCCAAUUUUGCGUACAUACGGAAAAAAGAUGUUACUUCGCAACAUCACUUGCUCCAGCCGUGAAAGAAGUUGUUGAAGACGAUGGAGAGUGAUGACGUCGAUGAGCACGACUACCGCUACAAGGGCUUGUCGAUGUCAUCUUACGGGGAAAUAUUAUGAUAUCCACGGGCCUGGCUGUUAGUUGAAUGAGAUAAUUCCUAUCACCACAAGCAUUGUUGCCAUGUUGCCUGGCUGUCGUCUGGUGGCUAGAGGUGACUGAUGCCCUAGAGUUGAGCCGCUACAAGCAUUGUUAGAUGAGAUGUAUUAUCGUAGUUCCGAGAACACCACAAUCACAGUAGUGAGACUCAG